AAAAAACCAGACCACAUGACGGAGAAUCUAAAUUUCUGUGCCAACUGUUGGUAAUAUGAUAUUUGUGAAUUUUUUUUUGUUAGUUAAUGAUUUGUAUACUAAAUAAUAAGCUGAUCAACCCCCAAUGAACUGUUACAUAGGCCAAGUCAUUGACGUAGUCAACAUGGUUGACUACCAUUUAAGCGAUAAGCAAUGGGUAAGCUGGUAACCAAGCAACAAUCAACCCAAACAAAUGCGAAAAGUCCCCGGAAACGGGAGCCACAACAAAUGGCCUCCAAUAGAAGACUUUGUCCAUUCAAUUGGCAGCCAUGUCCUUUAAGGAUGUGCGAGAUCUUGGCGAGCAUUUGAAACUGCUGGGGUUUCCGCGGGUUUUCCCCCUGCAAUCACUGGCCAGUCAUCCGUCAACGGGUAGUUUAGCCAGUUUUCACAUUGUGGCCGAAUUGCUGCAAUGGCUGGCAGGUCUAAUGGAACCAGGAUCCAUACUAAGCGGAGGCGUGGAGAGUGAGGACCAGCGUGUCCAGCUUAUACGCUCGGCGACCGAAUUUUUUGUGAUGAAAUCGGCCAUACGUCUGAAUCCACGCAAGCUUUAUGCUGCCUCCGCAGUGACGGCCUUGGAACUACAGAAAAUCACACGCCUGCUAAUAGCGCCCACUCAAACGGAUGCAGAACGUGAUGAGGAACGGGAAAGGGAGCAAUAUCGCAGCCUCAAUCAGGUUGAUAUUGGUGAUAAAAUGGAGGAACUGCGACGCGCCCGUGAGCUCUCCUCGGAUUUAACACAACGUGGAGCGGCCCUCUAUGAUCUGUUGUCCAAGGAGCUGGUGAACAAAGAGGCUCGCCUAGCUCAGGCCCAGCGACCGUUGGAGCUAGUAAGUGUUGAGCGGAUUCUAAAGAAUUCCAUUCAGGCCAAUCAAUUGAAAUUGCAAACGAGCCGUUCGCAGCUAGAAAGUCAGCGGGUAGAAUUGAAUGCCCUCCAGUCCAAGCUACAGCGCAAACGCGCCGAAUUAGAGAGGACGAAACAGCGACUGGAGGCGUUGCAAAAAAUCCGUCCCGCACAUAUGGCCGAAUUUGAGGAAUGUGAGAAGGAAUUGCAACAACUAUUCCAGCGCUAUUUCCUGCGUCUGCAUGUAAGGGAUUCGCUAAAGCAUCAUCUUGAGGGGCGUAAUAAAAAAUCCACGCCCAUUUCAUCACCUCUGCUGCAAAAACCAUCCGAAAAUUCAAUGUCCUUCAUACCAAUACCUGAAGGUCUGAUCGAGGAUGAAGAUGAUGAUGAGGAGAACGGGGUUGAUCGUCGGGAUGCAACUGAUGAGAUGCCGGGUGGUGUAAACGAUACCAGUGGCUCCUUUACUUUAGAUUCAGUUAUACCUGAUAUUCGCGAUGAGGAUAUUUUAAGGCAGCAGCAGCGGCCUCACACAGCAACCUCACGAAUGCGUCCCACCACAGGACGCAGUCGUAAGGUCACCGCCGAUGUCCGGGCAGCCAGGGAGAGGCAUCAAGAGGCCACAGCGGACAGUAGCUUUGGUAGCUCAGACAGUGAACUAGAUGUUGGCGAUAUAAUGGGUAUUGUGGGCACUGCCGAUGAUGAUUUCGAUUUGAAUUCCAUCGAUGAUAUAAGCAUAUCCAAGCUAACAGGCGAAUUGCCAUUACGUCCCAAGACUGCCAACAAGCCGGAGCAUCACAGUGAUGAGGAUUUCUAGUCAGGAAAAACGUUUUCUAAAAUAUAUAUAGAGACAUAUA